UGCGCGCGACAGUGGGGAGUCUCCUUUAUACUAACCUACUUGGGGAGUCGGAUUCUGCAGCUGCAUGUUAUUAUAAUCCAGCCUAAAUGUUUGCUUCUGACUAUCGGACGGCAUCCGAUUGAGCCAGAAGAUGGACAUUCCCGAAUCCUGGUUUAAAUCUCAACGAAAUAAAAGUUAAAGGUCCAACAUGGCCAAUUGCGCCUCAACGCCCGUUGAGUUCUUUGGCGACCACAACUCCUUGCUGUCCCUGGAGUCCAGUGUCUUCUUCAGCGAGGUGCCUCCACAAGCAGGUGACGACCCUCUGGAUGUCUUCGUCAUCAACGUGGGCGGCAGCCGCUACAUCCUGUCCCAGGAGCUGCUCUCCUUGUUCCCGGAGACCCGGCUCGGCAAGCUGGCCCGGUCCACACGCGACUCCGCCCUGGACCUGUGCGAUGACGCCGACUUCCUGGAGAACGAGUUCUUCUUCGACAGGAACUCGCAGACUUUCCAGUACAUCAUGAACUAUUACAAGACGGGCCGGCUGCACGUGAUGGAGGAGUUGUGCGCUAUGUCCUUCCUGCAGGAGAUCGAGUACUGGGGCAUAGAUGAGCUCAGCAUUGAUUCUUGCUGCCGGGAAAAGUACUAUCGCAGGAAGGAGAUGAAGGAGACGCUGGACGUCAGCCGGGACGCUGAGGUGAUGGAGAGCAAGGAGGAGGACUUCUCUGGGGUGGUGUGUGAAGGCCUCAGACAGAGGCUGUGGAACAUCAUGGAGAAGCCAGAUUCCUCAGCGGCAGCCAAGACGUUUGGGAUGCUGUCCAUCUUCUUCGUGGUGGUGUCCAUUGGCAACAUGGCGCUGGUCUCCCUGGAGGUCGGCAUCGUGGCGCCCCCUCUGUUGGACACGCUGGAGUACAUCUGCAUCGUGUGGUUCACUGGGGAGCUGGCGCUGCGCUUUGCCUGCGUGAGGGACAAAUGCCGAUUUAGUCGGAGCGUCAUCAACAUCAUCGACCUGCUGGCCAUCCUGCCCUUCUACGUGACGCUGGCGGUGGAGAACCUGCACGGCGGCUCCACCGAGCUGGAGAACGUGGGCCGCGUGGUGCAGGUCCUGCGACUGAUGAGGUCAUUCCGGAUGCUCAAACUGGGCCGACAUUCCACAGGCCUGAAGUCCUUGGGUAUGACCAUCGCCCAGUGCUACGAGGAGGUCGGGCUGCUCAUGCUCUUCCUGUCUGUGGGGAUCUCCAUCUUCGCCACGGUGGAGUACGCAGUGGAGCACGACGCUCCCGGCACCACCUUCACCAACGUGCCCUGCGCCUGGUGGUGGGCCACCACCUCCAUGACCACGGUGGGGUACGGGGACAUCCGGCCGGACACCACGCUGGGCAAGGUCAUCGCGUUCCUCUGCAUCCUGUCCGGCAUCCUGAUCCUGGCGCUGCCCAUCGCCAUCAUCAAUGACCGCUUCUCGGCCUGCUACUUCACGCUGAAGAUGAAGGAGGCGGCGCUGCGGCACAGCGAGGCGCUGAAGAGGCUGGCGCGGAGCUCCGCCUCCGAGAGCGCGCCGGGACUCAACCUGCGCGACGCUUAUGCCCGCAGCGUGGUGGAGAUGCUGCGGCUGCAGGGCCGCGAGAGGGCCAGCACGCGCAGCUCCGGUGGCGGGGGCGAGGAGGCGUGGUGACGGAGACGUGGUGGGGCAGGGCGGGCACAGCUGUGGUGCCACACGGCGGUCAAGGACACAGACACAUCCUAGUAACCGGGACACUGCAGGUGGGGCUGACUGUUGUACCCUUGAGCGAUGUACUUAACCCAGUUUACUCCAGGAAAAAGUUCAGCUGUAUAAAUGGGUAAAAUGGAAAGUUGUAUUGGGCAUGUCUGUCAGCUUAUUAUUAUUAUUAUUAUUAUUAUUAUUAUUGUAAGUACAUAAGACAGUCUAACCCAUUGGAAAGCGGUGAGUGCUUUUCUUUUCAGAUUUAACUAUAUUUAUCGUUUUACCCUUAAUGUUAGUGCCAAAGCAGCAGUAUUGAGGCUAAUAACAUGCAGUUAAACUAACUGGGGUCUCUGUAUCGUCUGCAGUGUAUGGGUAUAUGAGUGUAUGUGACCUGUGACGGAGUACCACCCACCAUAGGGGGGGUACCCCAGCAUUAUGCUGCCUGGGAUGGGCUCCAGGCCUCCCCCCCCACUUCCCAUUAUCCUGGGGAUAAGUGGUUAGACGAUGGGUGGGGGUGGCCCUUAGUUCCACGCUAAUAUUUAUAGCAUAUUAUUUUAUCACCUGCAAUGUUACACAGCAAUAUGAAGCUGCAGUGUGUUUUGUCACUUAUCGUCUGUCCUGUAACUGUCAGCAGAACGUGCCCUGUAACUGUCAGCAGAAUGUGCCCUGUAACUGUCAGCAGAAUGUGCCCUGUAACUGUUAGCAGAACGUGCCCUGUAACUGUCAGCAGAACGUGCCCUGUAACUGUCCGCAGAACGUGCCCUGUAACUGUCCGUUGAUACUCAAGCCUUCUGUGCUUUAAGCUGGUGAGACCUUAUUUAAGUGAUGUGCCUUGUGUGUCCUCACUAGGUGUGGGCUGGUCUCAGAAGGUCACCGGGACCUUCGCUUCUGAGCCAAGAUGUACAUAGAAAUGAGUCCAUCCAGGCCUGAGUACCUUCUAAGUGCGACUCAAUGACUGUUUUAACAUCUUGUACUUUGGACAAGAUGGCCUCAGUGAAAUCAAUGAAUGUGCUGCUGACAGACUGCCUGGAUGUGGGGUUGUGCUAUCAGCAUGCUGACAGGGGAGAACUCAAUGCCACUUUUAUGCAUCCUAAUUCACUCGCGUGAGGGAGGCCUGCUGUAUGAGCCAUUUCUCCCUGAGAAUCCUAAUAAGCCAUUUGAAAUACCGUAUCUUCAUUAUUGCAAAAACAGUUCCAUUAUGGUAAUAGAAACACCCCCAUUAACUGACCUAGUUAUCCACUGGCGGAAUAUAUUCAGAGUGGGGCAAAAUAUGUUUGUAAAUUAAAUCGCACUGUUUUCUCUAGGUAAGAAUUGUUGUUAUCCUCUCUCUUAGGUGAUUGUCCA